GUGCAAAUGGCGGUGAACGUCGAAGUGGAUGCUUAUCUUUUUCCCAUGCUGCAUGCUUUGAAGUAUUCACAGUAUGCUGUUAACGGGGUGUUGUUGGGAACGUCCAAGCAAGAAUCAGUGGAGAUCGUGCAGGCGAUUCCACUGAUGCAUCGGGAUCUCUGCCUCUCUCCCAUGCUCGAUGCAGCGUUUGCGUUGAUAGACGAGCAUUGCAAAGCGAAAUCAUUGCAGAUCGUCGGGUACUAUCAUGCUAAUGCUCAGCACAACUCCAACGGCAUUUCACCAACUGCCAGAAGAAUAGCCGAUAAGAUCAAUGAAACUAUGAAGGAAAGGGAUGCAAAAGCUCGAACGUGCCUGAUGAUGAUUGACAACAACGAAUUCGAGAAACUCGCCGCGUAUCUGGUGGGCGGGACCAGUGCUGAGAUGAAGAAAACGUUCGGGCUGACCAUCUACACAAAAGCAGACAACGGAGAUUGGAAAUCAGCGAGCGAUGUCAACAUCAAGGGAUUCGGCGACGAGAGCACGCCAGCGAGACUGUUGGAACUUGUGCGCGCAGGGAAGCAGAACUCAGUCGUCGACUUUGAGAAUCAUGUGGACCAUCAUGAGAAGCGAUGGUUGGACGCGCAGAUUCCUGCAUGACUCCUUGCACGUCAACGAUGAUAUCUACUCUUUUUUCUUUUGCAAAAACCAAUCUUCUGUUUUGUCACUUUAAAUCUUCUUGAUCGCAAAUGAAAGUGAAAGGUCUUG